AGAAGGAUUUUUCAUUUGUGAUUUACACAAAACACAAAUUCAACCAGCAAAAAGGAUGGAAGCAAGCAAAAACAAAAUGGGAGGUGAAGCUAAAGAAGCUCAGAGCCCAAAUAUAAAUAUGACACAGGAUUCUGAUGCAGGGGUCACAGGAGAGGCUCUGUCAUCCCCCACACACUUUGUCCAAGGGAAUCAAGCAAACAACACAUUGAACCAGUCUGCCUCUGCUACUGAUAAAGAAAAUGCUGUUAAACCAAAACUUCAGAUAACUUUUAACACAUUCACGGUUAAGAAUGGUGAAGAUCUGAAAGUAGAGAUCCCAGUGGUUGGCCAUCCGGCACCAAAGAUUGAUUGGAAAAGAGAUGGUCAAGCAGUAAAAGAGACAUCAAGGCUGGAGAUUUUAACUAAAGCAUCAUUAACUGUCCUUCAUAUCAGACAUGCUGCCAGGGAGCACUCUGGUCAGUACUCUGUCACAGCUAGCAACAGUGCUGGAAAUUACACAGGAGAAGUUAUUGUUGUAGUUCUUGAGAAACCAGAUUCACCCACAGGACCUGUGAAGAUUGAUGAGAUCAGUUCUGACUAUGUUGUCAUGUCCUGGGGGCCACCCGAAUACACAGGAGGCUGUCAGCUGGACAACUACGUUGUGGAGAAAAGGGAAUCUACAAGUACUGAGUGGCAGACUGUGUCAGCAACAACAGUAAGAACCACAAUCAAAGCCACCAAGCUGAAGACAGGAAGUGAAUACCAAUUCAGAGUGUUUGCAGAAAAUAGGUAUGGAAAAAGUGCUGCAAUCACUUCUCCGGUUGUAAUGGCACAAUAUCCAUUUAGUGUUCCUGCUGCUCCCGGCACCCCCUAUGUGUCCACUGUGACAAAGUACAGCAUGGUGGUUGAGUGGGAGCCUCCAGUUAGAGAUGGAGGCAGCCCUGUUGUUGGCUAUCACCUUGAGCGGAAGGAGAAAAACAGCAUUUUGUGGACCAAGCUGAACAAGUUUGUUAUACCAGAUGCCCGCUUCAAAACGAGUGGGCUGGAGGAAGGCAUUGAGUAUGAAUUCAGAGUCUUUGCUGAAAAUAUUGCUGGACUCAGCCCAUGUAGUAGGACAUCUGAAUGCUAUGUGGCAAGAGACCCGUGUGAUCCUCCUGGUAAACCUGAAGCUGUUGUUGUAACCAGAGAGAGUAUCACACUUCAAUGGGAAAAACCUAAGUAUGACGGUGGGAGCAGUAUUACAGGGUAUGUUGUUGAAAAGAAGGAGCUCCCAGAUGGCAGAUGGAUGAAGGCAAACUUCACCAAUGUUAUUGAGAAUCUGUUUACUAUCACAGGUCUGACAGGAGGUCAAAGUUAUGAGUUUAGAGUAACUGCUAAGAAUGGGGCUGGUGUUUGGAGUACACCCUCAGAAAGCAUAAUCAUUCUUGCUCAGGAUCUCAUCGAAGCACCUACGGCUGUCAUUGAUCCCAAGUUCAAGAGCACUAUUGUCAUUCAGGCUGGGGAGACAUUUGUUAUUGAUAGUGACUACUUUGGGAAGCCUCUUCCAGAAGUAACAUGGCUGAAAGAUGGAAGAGAGAUAGACAAAGUCACUCCUAGAAUGGAGAUAAAAAAUACCCUCACUCAUACGACUCUCACUGUCAGGGACUGCACACGGGUAGACGGGGGACGCUUUGUCCUGAGCCUAAGUAACAGUGGUGGAACUGCAUCUGUUCCAGUGAAUGUGAAGGUUUUAGAUAGACCUGGUCCUCCAGAUGGACCCCUGAAGGUAAAAGUUGUGAGUGCAGAGAAAAGCAAUCUUCACUGGAACCCCCCCUUAUAUGAUGGCGGUGCCACUGUCACCCACUAUAUCAUUGAAAAAAGAGAAACCAGUCGUGUCACCUGGACAGCAGUAGAACCUCAUGUUGAAGCUGUAAGUUACAAAGUGACAAAACUGGUACCUGGCAAAGAAUACAUAUUCAGAAUAGCUGCUGUGAAUAAAUAUGGUGUCGGUGAAUUUCUGGAAUCUGAGCCUUUUGUUGCACAAAAUCCUUUUACGACACCUAGUGCACCUUCUACACCUACAGCUAGUGCCGUGACUGGUGACUCUGUCGUGCUGGCAUGGGAAAGGCCUGAGAGUGAUGGAGGCUCUGAGAUUGAUGGCUACACUCUGGAGAAAUGUGACAAAGAAGGCGUCCGAUGGACAAAAUGCAACAAAAGAAGGUUGAAUGACUUGCGUUUCCGAUGUACAGGACUAACAGAGGGACAUUUUUAUCAGUUUAGAGUUCUUGCUGAAAAUGCAGCUGGUGUGGGUGCACCCAGUGAACCCAGUGAGUAUAUAAAGAUAUGUGAAGCAAUUUACCCUCCUGGUCCACCCACUAACCCCAAAGUUGCGGACUAUUCCAGCAGUACUGUGUCUCUGACUUGGUCAAAGCCCAUUUAUGAUGGCGGAGCAGCCAUCUGCGGAUUUGUUGUUGAGAUGAAAGAAGCAGCAGAGGAUGAGUGGAUUACAUGCACAUCAAGCACAGGUGUAGAGGACACGAACUACACUGUUAAAAGACUGAGAGAAAAUACAGAGUACAAUUUUCGCAUACGUGCAAUGAAUGCAGCUGGCGUUGGGGAGCAUGCGGAUCUACCUGGGUCUGUGAUAGCGGCUGAGAAAAUUGAGCCACCUGAGAUUGAACUGGACUCUACCUUAAGGAAAAUUGUCAAUGUUCAAGCCUGUUCUACCCUGCGUCUUUUUGUUUCCAUCAGAGGAAAGCCACAACCAGAAGUCAGAUGGUCAAAGGAAGGUGGUAUUGUAAAUGCACGUGCUCAAAUUGAGGUAACAAGCUCCUACACUGUCUUACUGAUAGAGAACGUCAACAGAAAUGACAGUGGAAAGUAUGUGGUGACUGCUGAGAACUACAGCGGUUCCAAAUCGGCAUUCAUUAAUGUUAGAGUAUUAGACUCUCCCAGUGCACCAACAAAUUUAGAGGUAAAGGAUGUUAAGAGAGACACUGUGACCAUCUCGUGGGAGCCACCCCUUAUUGACGGAGGUGCAAAGAUUUCACACUACGUUGUAGAAAAGCGAGAGGAGGCAAGGAAGGCCUUCACAAGUGUCUGCAGCAACUGUGUGAGGAAUUCCUAUAAGAUUGACAAACUACAGGAAGGAUGUUUUUAUUAUUUUCGUGUCCUGGCUGUAAAUGAGUUUGGCACUGGACUACCAGCAGAGACCCCUGAGCCUGUCAAAGUGUCUGAGGCUCCUUUGGCUCCUGGAAAAAUUACAGUCAGUGAUGUCACUUCCAGUAGUGCAAAGCUCUCUUGGGAGAAACCAGAUCAUGAUGGAGGGAGCAAAAUCACCUGUUAUAUUGUAGAAAUGCAAGCUAAAGGAGAUGACACAUGGACAAAAUAUUCAGAGAGUAAAACAUCAGAAGUAAUAAUUGAUGGGUUGACAAAAGGAAGGGAGUAUUUCUUUAGAGUGAUUGCUGUGAAUGAAAAGGGAAACAGUGAACCAAAGUCCUUAUUGGCACCUGUUAUAGUAAGAGAUACUAGCGCUGAACCUGCCAUUAGUCUUCUGUCCAACACAUUUGGUAUAAAGGCAGGAAAUGAUUUGAAGAUUGAUGUCCCAUUCAGGGGUGUACCACCACCAACAGUAGUCUGGAAAAAAGAAGGAAACAUACUAAAAGAGACCAGCAGAGUAAAUGUGCAAACAUUUGACUCCAUAUCUCAGAUCAUUAUUAAAGAUGCAACCAGAAUAGAUGCUGGUACAUAUGAGGUUACCCUGACCAACUCUGUUGGAGCCACAUCAGCUGAAAUCUUUGUCAAUGUUUUUGAAAGACCUGGACCACCAACUGACCUCAGCGUGGAUGAAGUGAGUGCCGACUUUGUGUCUCUGUCAUGGCAGCGUCCACUGUACUCUGGUGGGUGUCAAAUAACUAAUUAUGUUGUUGACAAGAGAGACACAGGGAGCACAAUAUGGCAGACUGUGUCAGCUACUGUUGCAAGAUCAUCAAUCAAAAUUUCUCGUCUGACACAGGGCACUGAAUAUCAAUUUCGUGUUGCAGCAGAAAAUCGCUAUGGGAAGAGCCAGUUUGUUGAAACAGAAUCAGUUGUUGCCCAGUAUCCCUUCAAACCACCUGGUCUACCAACCAACCUCUAUGUUGUGCAGGCCUCAAAGUCUGUGAUGGUCAUUGCUUGGUGCAAACCAGACUGUGAUGGUGGCAGCCCUAUUAUUGGUUAUCAUAUUGAAAGCAAAGAUCAAAGCAGUAUUCUGUGGACAAAGCUAAACAGAAGCCCAGUGACAGAGAACCAGUACAAGGUGACAAACUUAGAAGAGGGUUUGAUAUAUGAAUUCAGGGUCUGUGCUGAGAAUAUGGCAGGCGUUGGACCCUGCAGUAAGCACUCUGAACCUGUGGCAGCAAGGGACCAGUGUGAUCCCCCUUACAACCUCACAGUCACAAAUAUAACUAACACCUCAGUUUCACUCUCAUGGGACAAACCAGAAUAUGAUGGCGGAGCUAAAAUAACUGGUUACAUUGUUGAGCGCAAAGAACUGCCAGAGAGUUGCUGGCUGAAGUGCAACUUCACAAACUUAUUGGACACCUUCUUGGAAGUGACUGGCCUCACAGAGGGUGAACAGUAUGAUUUUCGUGUUAUCGCAAAGAAUGCAGCUGAGCUCUUCAGUAAGCCCUCUGACACAACUGGGCCUGUUACAGUUCAGCAUGAUGUGGAGCCACCCAAAAUUAUCUUGGAUGACAGAUUCAGACAGGUGGUGGUUGUCAAAGCAGGAGACUUACUAAGAAUAGAUGCUGACAUCUCUGGCCGCCCUAACCCAACUGUUUUUUGGCUGAAAAAUGGAAGAAAUAUUGGCACAAAGGGAAGGGUUGAGAUAUCUGCAACAAAAACACAUACCUCUCUCCUAAUUAGAGAAAGUGUUCGAAAAGACUCUGGACAAUAUACUCUAACCCUGCAGAACACAGGUGGUACCACAUCGAAGGUUGUCACCUGCAAGGUGCUGGACAAGCCAGGCCCACCUGCUGGACCUCUGGAAGUAUCUGGACUCUCAGCCGAAAAAUGCACCCUGACUUGGGGACCUCCUAACGAGACUGGUGGUGCUGAGAUCAUGCACUACAUUGUUGAGAAGUGUGAAACCAGCCGUGUUGCAUGGACCCUUGUGUAUGGUGACAUGAUUGCAACUACAUGCAAAAUAACUAAGCUGCUCAAAGGAAACGAAUACCUGUUUAGGGUGAGGGCAGUGAACAAAUAUGGGGAGGGUGAGACUUUGGAAAGUGAGGCAAUCAAGGCCAUGGAUCCCUACACUGUUCCAUCUGCUCCAAAAGACGUGGAGGUCACUAGUGCUACCAGUGAGGCUAUGACUGUCUGCUGGAAGAGACCUGCCUCCGAUGGUGGUAGCCGUAUCAGUGGUUAUAUUGUAGAAAAAAGGGACAAGCAAGGAGUUCGCUGGGUCAGAGUCAAUAAAAAAACAGUCUAUGACUUACGAGUCAAAGCCUCCGGCCUGCAUGAUGGAUUUGAGUAUGAAUUUAGAGUCUUUGCUGAAAAUGCUGCUGGUCUAAGUGAACCCAGUCUACCGUCCCCUCUCACUCUGGCAGAGGACCCAAAGUUUCUACCUUCCCCUCCUGCAAAGCCCACUAUAACAGAUUCAUCCAGGACCUCCAUCACUUUGACAUGGAACAAGCCUCUAUUUGAUGGUGGAGCCCCAGUUACAGGGUACAAAGUUGAAUUCAGAAAAUCCACAGAGGAAGACUGGGCUGUUGGUGUCCACAGCACAGAUAAAACAGAUUUUACAGUAACUGGACUUACAACAGGAGCAGAAUAUGUCUUUAUUGUCAGAUCAAUUAAUAAGAUUGGUGUGAGUGAGCCCAGCCCUGAAACUGAUCCAGAAGUUGCCACAGAAAGAGAGGAAGAGCCCAGGUUUGACAUCAGCCCUGAGAUGAGAAAGACCCUGUCUGUUAAAGAUGGCAGCUCCUUCACUUUGACUGUGCCUUUCACAGGCAAGCCUGUUCCUAGUGUGUCAUGGGAAAAAGCUGAUAUAGAUCUGAGAGUCAGAGGACUUAUCCACACCAGCAACUCUGUCACCUCCGUCACAGUGGAACGGGCAACACGUGAUGAUUCUGGGAAAUACACUGUAAAACUGCACAAUGUUGCUGGAUCUGCAUCUCUAACCCUGAAUGUGAGAGUUUUAGAUUCACCUGGUCCUCCAACUCACAUUACAGUCAAAGACGUAACAAAGAACUCUGCCACUGUUACCUGGGACAUCCCUGAGAAUGAGGGAGGAGCCCCUGUAAAGAACUACCUCGUAGACAUACGAGACAUUAGCAGACAAGGUUGGAAAAAACUCACGGACAAAUGCCGCCGAUUGUCCUAUAAGGUAUCUGACCUGGAGGAAGGAGGAAUCUACUUCUUCAGAAUCACUGGUGAAAAUGAAUAUGGCAUUGGGGUUCCAGCUGAGACCAAAGAGGGAACAAAAAUGACAGAUACAACAGAGUGGGAGACAAACCCAGGAGCUUAGUUGGCUUCCAACAGCGUUGAAAUGAUUCUCACCUGAUCAUCUGACAAAAUUCCCAUUGAUUUCUGAUCUCCAUGUUAUUUACUUUGUUGUUGUUGUUGAUUUGAUUAUGUUUAAUAUUUUUGGGUUGAGUUCACCUAAAAUGUGUUUUUGUCAUGUAGGUUUCUUUAUACUUUAAUACAUGAAGCAAAGGCUCCUUAGAAACUUUUAAAAUACAAGUACAAGUAAGCA